AGCAGCAGCAGCAGCAGCAGCAGCAACAACAACAGCAACAACAACAACAACAACAACAGCAGCAGGGCCGAGACGGACCCGGUCACUAGCGGUGAGCCGCAGUAGAGCGGACCCGCUGCACCUGCAGCAUGGAGCAGCUGAGCGCAGGUGGCGGUGGGGAAAAUGCAGUGGAGUACUUUUUUAAACAAGGAAGAAUCCAUUCCAAAGAUGCCCUGGAAAUCAUCUGGUAUCACGCUGCCAACAAAAUAGCACAAAUGAAUGAAGCAUUGGAAAGUGAUGCACAUAUGAUUGAAGCAGAUAUUAUUUUUGGCAGCCAAGGUCCAAUUAUGGCCCAUUCUCCUGCGACUGACAAUGACAACACUUUGCAAAAUUGGUUGAAUGAGGUGCUGCCAUCAGAUAAAGGCAUCAAACUGGAUUUUAAAAGUUUGUCAGCUGUGGAACCUGCGAUGAAAAUGUUAGUUUCAAUGAAGCGUUCCCUCGUGCGGCCAGUGUGGAUCAACGCCGACAUCCUGCCGGGAUCGAAUGCGAGCAGUACAGCACUGAUCGCCAAGGAGUUUCUGCACACUGUAACGUCGUACCUACCCGAUGUAACGCUCUCUCUGGGAUGGACAACCAACAUGUUGGGUGACCAAACGCAAGGUUACACCUGGGAGAUGGUAAAGGAGAUGGAGCACAUUUGCCAGACGCUAAGCCAGCCAGUAACGUUCCCUGUCAGAGCAGCACUGCUUCGAUCGUCCUGGCCACAGUUUCGCUGGUUGCUGCAGCAGUCAGAAAGAUACAGUCUGACUGUGUGGACGGGAAGAGACGAUUCAUACACUCUUGAAGACAUGUUAUACAUCCGAGAGGACUUCGACAAAUCAAAGAUCUAUUAUGAUCUUUUUGAACCUAAAAUCAGUGCCUUAAGGCAGGCAGCAAACUAGAAAACUGCAGACCUCAAAUACCAGCAAGUUAAUCACAAAGACAGAACUUGCAUUUAUUUAGUGCCAAUUUUAUACCACU